CUCAGCGCAUCAAGAGAGGGAACACAUUUUAUGUGCAGUUUGGCGCUUAGCUGUCAUUGUGCGUGGGAAUUUGCGGGUUUGGUCUUGCCCUUCCUCCUGCCUUCCACUAUUUUAUUUGGGUGUAGCGACCACACAACGGCUUGUAUCAAAAAUGCGAGUCUCUUAGCUCUUGCCGGCGUUUGGCGCGGAGAUCGAUGGCGUCGGCGUUGUUAAUGGCGUCGCUGCUGUCAUUUGCACACUUGUUGUCCAUUACCUUCGCCUUUUUGGCUGAAUCUGCGUGGUCCUUGGGUAUUUGCCCUACGGGACUAGGCCCGGUGGCCACCGCCUUGAACACAAGCUUAAACAGCUUGAAUGCUACCACACCCCAUUCCGCGCUCUCCCGACAUUCUCCCUCUCUCCGCCUCUUCGGCAGCUUUUUGGGAUGAAAUGAAGGCUAUGGCAGCCUUCUCAUCCUUGGUCGCUUAUGUUGGACACUUUGUAACUUCGAUUGCCCUUGGCAUCGCCUUCGUUGUUGGCUUCGCUGUUGUUAUUGACUUCGUUGUUAGCUUCGUCGUUGCCGUGGUUUGAAUCCUUCGACUUCUUCGUGCCGUUUUUAUCCCCCGUCUUCUUACUGACCUCUUUCACCUUCACGCGCACAUCAUUCAGCACCAGUUCCAACCUUGCACCAGCCCG